ACUCAUCACACGUCUGUAACUUAUUUUUGUCUAACUUAAACAUAGAUUCACGCUUGGUUAAAUCGAUUCGGCUCACAUGCCUUCUCCAUUGCGCGUCACUUCGCUUCGCUCCUCUGAUUGUUUGUCUAGAUCAAUCAAUGUACAAAAUAUACGUAUUCAAAAAUCCAUUCCCGUAUUUGACUUAUUUAAUUCUGUUAUUCAGUAACGUGGUUCAAGUUGAUGAUUAUAUACGACGAUUGGCGACAUGUAUAAUUCAAUCAGAUCUCGAAAAACGAACAACUGAUGCUUAUUGUAUCUCAUAAAAAAUGAUCAGAAAUGUUUUCAAGUAUCGAAAUGAAUUGUACUCCCAGAUGAAGAGGUAAUUAGGAAAAGAUAUUCGAAGUGGAUAGGACACACAUUACGGAAAUUAUCAAACUGCAUCACGAAGCAAGCUCCAACUUGUAAUCGUGAAUAGAAACGGAGAAAUAUAAGGCCGAGGAACGGACUACGUCGGGAAUCGGAAGCAGACAUGAAAAGGAUGAAUAACAACUGAAAAUAACUGGAAAGGAUUUUUGAGUAGAGAGUUGGAUGUAGAAUGCUGAUGGGUGAUCUAUUCUUCUUGACGAGAGGUAACUGGUGUAAGUAGAUUUUGUAUUGGUCACAAUGAAAUACUUGAAAAUAAAUCACAUCAAAUUUGGUCAUAUUCAUUAAAGUUGAUACAUUUUUAUCUACUUCACAACUAAGUUUAAAAGAACAGACUACACUUAUAUAUGUUAGAACUAUUUUUGUGCAAAAGAAAAUAAAAGAAGUUACAUAUUCUAGUGAAUCAUUGUAUUCUGUUGGAAUAUGAACGUAGCUUUGCCAUAUUUUCUUUAUUCAUAUUUGAUAUGCGCUGCUUAUUGCUAAUCCCGUUUCUAUAAUUUGGUAACUGUGAUCAAAUUUCUUGUACUACAUUUAAUAUAGAUCCAUAAACAAACCUCGACUAUUAUGAUUUGUUAUCUUUUAUGGAUAGAUUAAUUGUGGUAAUCUGAUAUUUGAAUUGGUGAAAUAAUCCUCAGAUUAUUUUUUGAGUGAAAUUGAAUUAAUCUCUGAUACCAUUAAAAGUAGUAUUUACAUAGAUAUUGAAAAAUAUUUAUUAUCAAUUGACUUAAUCGUUUAUUAUCUUUUGAUUAGCCAACAAUUCGUCUUUGUUCAUCAUAACUUAAUUAAUUAGUCACUAUGUGAUAAAUAAAACUACUCAAUAAUAACCUGCAUUAUUGGUGAUGACGUAGUCAUUAUUUGCCUAGAAAUUAUAUAUUGUUCUUAUUAUAUGAUUAGCUUAAGAAGUCCAAGAAUUUUUAUUUAUAUCCUGAAUUUUUCUAUAUGUGAAUUUACUGGGUAAUUCUUUAUAAAUUUGUCUAAAUUUUCAUCUUGGAAUGGAUCUAUUUUCGAAAUUGAUCACUUCUAAAUUUAGGUAGUGAACGGUCAUAUUUUACUUAUAUAAAUGUCCUUAAAAUAAAUAAAGCUUUCCGAAUAGUAUUAAUGUUUUACAGCUGGGCUGGUCAGAGAAAGGUAUCUACCUUAGUACAAUGGAAGAUGGUCGCGCAAUUUCGUGGAUUAAUUGAAGUUAGACAUUAACACUAUUAGAUGCCGGCCAGCUCAGUGUUCUAGAGGUUGAGCAGUUGGGCACGAGACUGAAGGCCCUUGGUUCAUAUUUCGUGAGCGGGAUCGUGGAUGCUCACUGCUGAAGAGUCCCAUAAUAGGAUGAAACAGAUGUCCAGUGCUUCCAGGUUUUCAAUGGUGGUCUAACAUCAAUCGGUUCAUGAUCUCAAUUAAAAACUUAAUAAUCUCCACAACCACAUACUGAUAGAUACAUUUAUAGUAAAUAUAUUGAUUUUCAUUUCAAGUCUUAAAUCCAUAGAGAGUUACUGAAUGAUUCUUGCCAAAAUUUACUGUUAAACUUUGGGCAACUUAAAAGUUCACUUUUCGAACACUGCUUACUUAUAAUAUGCACACUUUUCUGGGAAGACACUAUUAAUGAUAAUAUUAUCGUAAUGAACAAUAUUGAAUAUAUAUUGUUUAUAGCGGCAAUAGUGUAUUCGGAUAUCAUAGAUUAUAAUUUAGCAAUUAUUCUAAAAUUCUAAUAUUCACUGUAUCAAAGUUGAUACAGUUUGUACCGAUUAAUUACCAAGGUGACCUCUUCCAACAUUUCAAAUAAAUACAUCACUUAAAGCACAAAUAAACAUAAUUUAACUUAUGUUUUAUCAUGGUUGGCAAUUAACCAAUCAAAUAUUUCUUUUUCAUCAUCCAAUCAUAUUAAUUUCCCAUGUAAAAAAUCUAUAAAAACAUAAAUAUUAUCAACUAUUUAAAUGAAUAAAAUGAAUUGUUCAUCUUCUGAGAAAGAUCGUGUUGACGUACUUUAUAUUCACUAGUUUCUUCAUUUGAACAUAUCAGUUUCAUAACAUAUAUUGUUGUAAUUAUAUGGACAGAUAAAAAAAACACAUUUUUGAUUAGUUGCUUAUUCAUAAACAAAACCAAUAUAAUUGAAAUAUUCGAACUGGACUUUUAAUGAUAAAACGAUUUUCGUCAUAUAAUUUUCAGUUUCAAUUAAGAAUAUACGUACUAUUAUCACUGUCAUGGUUUGAUAAUUUAAAUGGCGAUGAUUCAACAGUCAGUGUAUUUAAAUCACAAUCUAUCACGCCUAGUCCUCAAAGUUGUAAAUCUCCAAUUGGUGAUUGCUUUUGUGAUGAAAUGUGUGUAAUUAAUUCUGACUGUUGUGUAGAUUUUAAGAAUUUUCGUCAAGAUACCAAACCAGUAGAUUCUUCGACGAUACCUAAAUCUGACUGUGUUCACUCAGCUAGAACAUUUUCGGAUGUUGCUGAUCUGGAGAAACAUGGUAGUUGGUUUGAAGCUAUUGCACAUUGUCCACUAGGCACACCAAGUGAGAUUGCGAACCGUUGCAGUAAAUCAAGAGAUUUGGUCAUCAAGUUUGAUGACGCUUCACUAAAGCACACAUCGAAUGUUAGUGCUGAAAACAGACAUUUUAUUUCGCUGGAUUUAGCUUUUCUAACAUUUCGUAUACGAACUGAAGAUGUUCGACUGAUGGCACCAGUUGUUUCUAAGGUCAACGGACGAGUUUAUGCUAAUUUGGAUUGUGCCAUUUGCCAUGAUGAGUUAACUUCAACUGUUACAUAUGAAGAACCGACGGCAUCUGUUUUAUUACAACGUCUCGAUUUAUUCAAUGUAUUUGUGCACUGUCGAACAUUUCAUGAUACCGACAGAUUAUGUGUGGCCAAUUCAAUGCUGCCAAGGAGUUGGAGACGUCCAUGUGGAAAGAAAAGAUUUCUCAAGCCACAAAGUACACAAGAGGUGUUCAGUUUGAGUGAGUUUAAAUGGCAUGAAUUCUUAGUGUUGCCACAAAACUACAUUGAAUUCGAUGGUUUUAGCAAUGAUGAUUUGGUGAAGGGGAGUAAAACUCUUCGUACAAUUGAAUCUGUUUUAGAUAUACUUCAGUUGCUAGUGUGUAUUCUAUCUGCAUUCAGUCUAUGCGUGCUGCUAAUUGUAUAUGGGAAGACGCGAGAGUUUCGACGUCGAGUUUCUAAUCAGUUGUUGAUGGGGCUAGCAACUUCCAUGCUUGGUUUGUUGUUGGUCUAUUUAACAUUGCCAUUGCUAAUUAAUCAAAGAGACAAUUCGGGUAGUGGAUGUUGUCUUACAGUUGCAGUUUUAUUGCACUACUUUUUCCUUGCAACUUUUGCAUGGAUGUUAACACUUGGUUUGAGUCUGAUUAACACCUUUGGAGGAAUUCACACAUGUCAAGUGUGCUUAGCAUACAUAAAGUUUAAAAUAACGCGUCAAAGUACAGAUGAAGAUUCGCUAAAGAAGAAAUACUCAGACACCAUGAAAAGUAUGGUGAUUCGAAAGAAUCUGAGAGACCAAUCGACCACUAUUCAUAAGCGUACCAUAUUUUCAACGGUAUUUGCAAUCACCUUACCAUUACUUUUUGUGAUACCCGCACUUGUUCUUAAUCAAGUUUACCAACCAGAUUCAUGUCAGCCACAGAUGAACAGUGACAAUUACACACAUGAUGUAACUUACGUUAGCAGGGAACAGGGAAUCAAUUGUUCUGAAACUUCAAGUCUAAUGUCAAACUUCAAUCCAGGUUUCUGUUUAAUGAAAUAUCGAAAGCGACCAUGGUUCACAGUGCAUGCGGCUUUCAUUCUGUGGUUUUUGGUACCUACUACAGCAUUAUUGGCAAUGAAUUCUAUCAUACUACUAAUGGUUGGCAUGUAUAUUUGGUUGUUAGACCAUAAAAAAACACUGGAACCAAUCAAAGACGAAUCAGUGGCCAGUGUGGACUCAAAAUCUAAUCAGCUACCUAAUAAAAGUAAUCGCAAUGUAGCCAAGAUUUGCUUGCAUUUAUCGAUCACUCUGGGUGCUGUAUGGAUAUUCCAGCUGCUUGCAAGUAUCCUACCUCAGCAAACCAUUCUGAGUCGUGUUGCAGCUCUGGUUAGUAGUGGGCAAGGUGUCGCCUUGGGGUUCGUUUCUUUGAUGAACUCCACAAAAACAAAGUUAUUUCCAAAUUGGUCUAGCGUAUUCAUUAGCAGGCGUUCAAGAUCAGGAGAAAAUGAGUCCAAAAGUGCAUUAUCAUCAAGUCGAGUGAAUACGAAGGUUGUAUCUACAUCUAAUUCCACAAUAGGAUGAUAUGAAUAUGCUGCUUUAACUAUUGAGAAUUUGUUUGAGUUUCACUCUCUUAAGCAGAACUAUCGAAAUAAUUAUAACUUUCAAGUGAUUUAAUGAUCACUGCCAUUCUACUCAGUAGUUCAGUGUCUUUUCUCUUUGUCAGUGUUGCUUAUUGCUCAACUACUAUGUCAAAACCUUUUUAUUUCGUUUAAAUGGAAUGUUCACUUUCUUAUGAUCAGCUAUGUAAUGUUAUGUUUAUAAGCUUUGUUUGUUUAGCUUUGUGCAAAAAUCAACCUGUAUAAACCUAAUAUAUUAUAUGUUUGUUUAUGUUUCCCAAAUAUCUGGUCUCUGACUUUACACACUUGAAAUUUUAUUGUCAUUAUUACAUGGAAAUGGAAAACGUAAAGUAUAGUACAAAUGUUUUAAGUAC